GAACAAAGCCUCUGCUCUUCUAAAUUCUAAUAGCUAUUUAUAAACCUACUGCUUUUCUCGAACCCUUAAAAUAAUAUACAUAUAUUAGUUUUUUACUGGCUGUUCUAAAAGAAGAUUAAAUAUCGCACUGUUCUCCUUUGCUCUUCACAAUGGCAGAAUUUUGGGGUAUUGAGGUUAAAAGUGGAGAGUCCCUUGUGGUUGAAUGUGGUGGUGGAUUCGCUCUGCAUCUUUCACAGGCUUGUCUUGGCGAGGUCAAGAAGAAUAAGGGAAAUGAGCCUGUUUUCGUGUCUGUGAAGAUUAAUGAUAAGAAGAUUGUUCUUGGAACACUCUCUUGUGAAAAAUUCCCUCAUUUAUCUUUUGACCUGAUCUUUGAUCAAAAUUUUGAGCUUUCCCAUAAUUGGAAACACGGAAGUGUAUACUUCAGUGGUUACAGGGUGUUACAAAAUGAUUACUCGAGUGAUGAUGAAUCAGAGUCUGAGCCUGAAAUCAAAGAGGAUCUUCCAGUUGCUACCAACAAUGAGAAGCCUGGGUCAGAGACUAAGAAACCACAGCCUGAAACUGAAAAAGCUAAACCUGAUUCUACUGGCUCUAAGCAAAAGGUGAAGAUUGCUGAACCAAAGAAAGAUGAGAAACCUGAUAAUGAUAGUGAUGAUAGUACUGCGGAUGAGGAUGAAUCUUUUGAUGAGGAUGAUUCCAGUGAUGAUAAGGACUUGACAACCACUGGUGAGGAAGACGAAAGUGAUGAUGAGGAUGAAGAUAGUGAUGAAAGUGAUGACAGCAGUGAUGAGGAUGAAGAGACACCAAAGACGGUAGGAUUGAAGAUUGAAAAGGGCAAAAAGAGACCUGCUGAAUCUGCUAAGAAAACCCCACUUCCUGAUAAGAAGGUCAAGUUGGUUACUCCUCAAAAGACUGAUGGGAAGAAGGCAAGUGGUCAUGUAGCAACACCUCAUCCUUCAAAGAAAAUUUUAAAAACCCCUGCUAGUAGUGACCAGAAAAAGGAGCAGACUCAGAAAUCUUUUCCUUGUACGUCUUGCAACAGGGCAUUUGGCUCAGAAGCUGCUUUACAAUCUCAUUCCAAGGCUAAGCACAGUGCUGCAUAGUGAAGAAUGGGGGUGGAUAAUGGUUUUUGCCUGCUUACCUUGAUGUUUCCGAGUUUGUCGAUGAGACUGUUAGGUCUAGUUAAUGUGAAAUGAGAGCAUAGCCUAGCAUAAGUAUUUUACCUUAGGCUUUUUGUUGGAUAAUCUGUGGAUUGUUUCUGGUUGGUCAACCUUUUACAUGUUGGAUGGAGAUUAUGGUGUUUUGAAUGAUUUGUUUUUGUUUGGCAUCAAUAUGUUGAUAGAUCGCACUUGUGUUGCAAGAGCAGAAAUUUGAAAAUGUUUUAUUGUUCUGUUA